CCCAAGAGAUUGGAUUAAUUUCUUAGGUGGGACCCAGAGAGAUCAGGUGAACACUUUUACUUGAAGCUAAUAAAUGACAAAGGUUUUUCCAUAUCAAACUCUUGCCUUCUAACUGUAAGUUACACGUUUUUUCCCCUCUGCAUUAUAACUUGAAUUUAUAUUGGAUUAAACAUCUACCAAUUCUUUACUUUCUACAUUCAGGUUAAGAAUCUCUCAGGAAUAAAGACAUUUGCCAAGCCAUAGGUACUACUUUUUCCUUUUAAAGUACUUUUAGUAAAAUCCCUUAUUUGCCUAGUGGAGGGAAGGAAAGGGAAAAUCUUUCUAAAAAUUGCCUUUGCACACUGCAUGGGUUUUUAUAAACCUCAGUCUUCUUGAGACUGAUUACACUUUGCAGUCUUCCUUAGGAAAUGGAUGAAAAUGUGCUCUGGGACACAAACAGGAAGACUCUGAGGCAGCACCUCUUUAAAUAGCCACUAAGCAGUGGGAAUUCCUUCUGUGCUUAGACAAGAAACUGCACUGCCCUUUGUUUCUCUGGCCCCUGCAGGGCUGGAGGCUGCCAGUUCUCCUGUGCUGGCGUGGAGGCUGGCUCAGCAGGUGUGGGGAGGUGAAUGUGGGCUGGAGGAUGGCUCCCUCACCUCUGUACCAUGAGGACACAGGGCUUCAAAGGUGUUCUGUGCUUCUCCCUUAAGAAUAUCAUCCUUGAGACUUUUAGCCUGCUAAAAGUGCUGGGACAAAGGGCGCCAAUUAGAAGUGGCUGUGUUUGUUGCCCUGAUUCUAGAGAAGACAGAAAAUCCAUUCCUCGCUGCCGAAGAAUUAACAGGAUGCUCUCCAAUGAAUCCCUACAUCCCCCUGCAUUCAGUCGAUCCAACUCACAAGCCUCUGUAGACAGCGCCUCAAUGGAGGAUUUCUGGCGGGAAAUAGAGAGUAUUAAAGAGAACAGCAUGGGAGGCCAGGAAGAGCAGAUGUCAGCGGAGGUCAAGCCUGUGGAUGAAGGAGAACUUGAAGCAGAAUGGUUGCAAGAUGUGGGUUUAUCUACACUGAUCUCUGGUGAUGAAGAGGAGGAUGGCAAAGCCUUGCUCUCUACAUUGACUCGAAUCCAAGCAGCUGCAGUGAAAAAGAGAUAUAACACUUAUACUCAAACUAUGAGGAAAAAGAACAAGCAAUCUGUCAGGGAUGUCAGAGAUAUCUUUGGAGUCAGCGAAUCUCCUCCCAGUGAUAGGUGUGACAACCAUACUGCUCAGUUGGAUGGCACCCAGGAGGAAAAAGAGCUGCCAGGAGUUAUCAAAACAAGUGCUUCCUUGGCAGAUGAUGCUUCUCUCAACAGUACUACCCUCUCAGAUGGGUCCCAGGAUGAAGAAGGGAGUUUUGCAGUUUCCAGGAGUGAGGGCUCCAUGUCUCUACUAGAGACCAUUCCAGAUAUUCCAGUUCAUUCCAAUGGAUCUCCAGAACGUGGACAGCCCAGUCAGAAUGUAGUGAGGGGUGAUGAUUAUUUGGAAAAGAACAUUCUACCAGAAGCUGAAGAACUAUCAUUUGAAGUAUCUUAUUCAGAAAUGGUUACAGAGGCUCCAAAAAGAAACAAAUCUAAGAAGUCCGAUUUUAAGAAAGAAGAUUAUGCUUUAACCAAAUUUAUUGUUCAGAAAACCAGAUUUGGUCUAACUGAAGCAGGAGAUCUGUCUGCUGAAGAUAUGAAGAAAAUUCGCCAUCUCUCUCUAAUUGAAUUAACGGCUUUUUUUGAUGCCUUUGGAAUUCAACUGAAGAGAACCAAAACAGAGAAAGUAAAAGGACGAGACAAUGGAAUUUUUGGAGUUCCACUUACAGUCCUUUUGGACAAUGACAGAAAGAAAGACCCUGGAGUGAAAGUUCCCUUUGUAUUGCAAAAAUUUUUUAAAAAAGUGGAAGAAUCGGGUCUAGAGUCUGAAGGAAUUUUUCGACUUUCAGGAUGUACUGCCAAAGUGAAGCAAUACCGUGAAGAACUGGAUGCCAAAUUUAAUACUGAUAAAUUUAAAUGGGACAAAAUGUGCCAUAGAGAAGCUGCAGUAAUGUUGAAAGCAUUUUUCAGAGAACUACCCACCUCUCUCUUUCCUGUGGAAUACAUACCUGCCUUCAUCACUCUCAUGGAAAGAGGACCUCACAUCAAAGUACAAUUUCAAGCCUUACACCUCAUGGUCAUGGCACUGCCUGAUGCCAACAGGGACACAGCCCAGGCCCUCAUGACAUUCUUCAAUAAAGUGAUUGCCAAUGAGUCAAAAAACCGAAUGAGUAUAUGGAACAUUUCUACUGUAAUGGCACCAAACCUUUUCUUCAGUAGAAGCAAACAUUCUGAUUAUGAAGAAUUACUGUUAGCAAACACCGCAGCCCACAUUAUUCGAUUAAUGCUGAAGUACCAGAAGAUUUUGUGGAAGGUUCCAUCUUUCUUAAUUACUCAAGUCAGAAGAAUGAAUGAGGCCACAAUGAUGCUGAAGAAGCAGCUUCCAAGUGUCAAAAAGCUACUAAGGAGGAAGACCUUAGAAAGAGAGGUUACAAGCCCCAAGACUUCAAAGGUACUACAAAAAUCACCCUCUUCAAGAAGAAUGUCUGACGUGCCCGAAGGAGUCAUACGGGUCCAUGCUCCACUUCUCUCCAAGGUGUCCAUGGCCAUUCAACUCAAUAGUCAAACGAAAGCCAAGGACAUACUAGCAAAAUUUCAAUAUGAAAACAGUCAUGGUUCACUGGAAUGCAUUAAAAUUCAGAACCAAAGGUUAUAUGAGAUUGGAGGAAAUAUAGGGCAGCAUUGCUUGGACCCAGAUGCAUAUAUAUUGGAUGUAUAUCAUGUAAAUCCUCAAGCAGAAUGGGUGAUUAAACCCCAACCAAAUUUUUGAAAUACCUGCCAUGAUGACAGCUGUCAUGCAUUAUAUGUCAAGAAGAGCCUCCAUUUGGUAGGGAAAAAGAAGACUGCUUUUGA